AUGAGGAAUUGGGGGAUAUGUUGGGGGCGAGGGCGAAGAAGUGGGUUGGGGCUAAGGUUUCGGUUUGGGCUUUGUUUCGUCAAGAGGAGUGGAAAUAGAUAG